UAGCUCACCAGCCAAAUCUUAUUUCUCUGUGACCACAACGCCGCCGCCUCUAAAUCUGGCGAGCUACGGCGCUCUACUGCGUCGCCGCUCAUCGGAUCGGCUACUUCUCACCACUUUUCUGCGAUCCCGAACCAUGGCGACGUCCUCCGCUCUCCUACGUGCGGCCAGCAGAAAUCCUAGUUGCCACAGACCACGCCUCCUCUGGUUUGUCGCCCUACUAAUCCGUGCCAAAUUGCCGCAUGUGCGGCUGCCGGUCGGCCUUGGCGGUGCUGCUCCACCUUGGCUACCUCGACUCCGACGUCUGCCGGUUCAGUAAGCCACUCCUCCCCUGACCCUCUCUUCUCUUACCUAUCUUGUUUUCUGUCUGGUAGACCAUGGCGGAUUCUUUGCUGGUCAUCGUGACGACGAUCUGCGCUAACCUGAUCAGUCAGCCUGAUCCGCCGCCGCUGGCGCUGGCUUGCACCGGUAUACAUAUCACUCCACUUCGUAAAUCAGAGGAUGCCUAGCCAUGAUGGUUUGUCCCUCCCCUUUUCAUUCCCGCCUUUGAGACAGUGUAAUUGUGAGUGUUUACUUCUACCUCUAUCCCUCACUCAUACUACUGCCACCAUGUGCAACACCGAAGACAUGCAUGGACUACCAGAGCAAGGAUCUAGUCGGCACGUCAUCAGCCCCUCCGUUCAUCCAGCCAAUGUAGGAAUAUACGUACAAUACUGGUGUACAACGACAAUGCUGUCAAAGGGACUUGUGUCGGUCUGCAGAAGUUCGAUGGAACAAAAUGUACACCUGAAUGGUGGUGAUCAUCUCGUAACAAUGUCAUUGAAGGUUAUCGAGCAGAAUGAAUCGUGGGAAGACGAAGAAGUUCUUUGUUGCCGAAGAUUGCCAAGAUGAAUGGAUGUUGUUGAAUGCAAGGUGGAGAAUGGGAUGCUACCAGAUAGUUUUAUGUCUACAGUGUAGUAUGUCAUUUUCAUGGUCAAUGUAUAGAAAAUCAUGUAUGUACUGUUUGGAUUGUGUUCCAUGUAAUACAACCGAGUUGAUUUAAUAUAUGAAGUAUUUCUGUUCA